AAGAAUAGAACAGUGAAAAUCAACGCUACCGAAACAAAUUCAUGAAACCAAAAAGACUAAAAUUUCUUUGUCCGUUUAUCGUACUUCUGAAUAUUAAUUUAAUAAUUUAUUAAACCAUAGCCAUCUGAAGCACGACACACAAUGUGUAGAUUACGUAUGUUUUCAAAUAUCAAAUCACAGAACUUCUACACUGGAUAGAUCGUUGUGAAGUUCUACAACUGGUCUAGAACAUUUCAAGAUGGCAAGUGAAACCCGCCAUUUUCAAACCAUUAAAGGCUAGAAACUUGACAUAAAAAUGCGAUGUAUGUAUCUAAAAAUUGCUCUGAUUGUUUCAUUUGACAUCAUUAUAUACAAUUAUAAAUAUCUAAAAUAUUAAAAAAGGAAAUAAUGACAAUGGUUAAAGUACUGUAUAAACUUUAUAUGUAAUAUGUAGUACUACGAAAAAAUAUUGUAUAUACAACAACUUUUCUCAUUUUGAUUACAAAUCCGAUAUUUUAAUAUUGAUUUGUUCAUGGGAACCAUAUUAUGUAUCUAGCAUGAAAUCAUUCUAAAAGCAGGAGGUAAAAUUGCGCUGUAGUAAUGGUAACAUGGAUGAAUCGUAUAUGAGGACCAGCUGCAAGUUUUAUGUACCCGGUCCUUUACCUGUUCUGUAAUGUUCUAUGAAGUUGUACAUAACACUUAUUAAGAACCAAAAUUCGACAUAUACUGAAUUUGCAUAGUCAAGAAACAAAUUUGUUUACAAUGCAACGAACCUUAUUGCAAUUAGGUACGUUGAAUGCUACUAUUGCUUUAACAAUAUUACCACAUAAUUAUUACUUAGACAAAUAUAGGGGACUCAGAGCUAAAUAUCGCAUGAAUCAAGAAGAAGAACCAGUUAAGGAAAAAUGUCAAAAGAGAUUUGAACAGGUCAUGGAUGAUAUGAAAUUAUCAGAUGAUCGUAGAGAUCGCCUAAGUUUAUUCCACGUUUAUGGUUAUGAUAUAUUUUCUGCUGGAUACUACUCUACUAUAUUUGGUAGAGGUGUAAUUGGAAUUCCAAUGAAUUAUGAAUAUGAAAGUAUAAAGGACGUAGACAAACAGAUGCUAUUUAUACAAGAUAAACCUCUUGAUUGGAACAAAAAAGAAUCACAUGUUUUCUUAGAAUCAAUAAUACUUUCAGAAAAUGCUCAAAAAUAUGCAAUGGCUCGAGAAAUGAUGAAAAUACUAACCAGAGAUAUACGUUAUGAAACAAUGACGCAUGCCGGGAUUGGCGCACUUGCAAUUUUAUUGUUUGAAUCAAUGCUUUACUUUGUCAAGGUGUUUCGGGAAAGACGUGCAUAUCAGGUUUUAAUGGCACUUUUUACAUAUAGUGGAGCAUUUUUUACUUGGACAAUAAUAAAAAUUGAAAACAAUUGUAAUAGAGAUAUUAAAAUUGAUGAAUAUUUGCUUUCACUUGGUUCAAAUUAUGUUAAAGGUGCUAAUGAAUUUUAUAAUAAAUUAUAUGAGAGAAAUAAAGCUGUAAAAUUGAUUCGGGGAGAUAAUAGCAAAUCAUCUACAUAUAUGCAUGAAUACCUUUUAAGAUGGAAUAGAGGCCUAUCAAUACCUGAAAGACAAAGUUUUUUUAAUUCAAGAUUACAAAACAUUCAACAA